AUGCCCCCUCGGACCAAACAAACCUGCAAGAAGUCGACUGGUGGUGUGGCACCUCAUGUCACCCUCAACCUACCUGGUGCUGUUUCGACCAUUUCAAGGGUAGAAGUGGGGACUGUGAGGAUUGAGGAGGAGGAGAGAAAGGACCACAACAAUUUCUGUCUUGUUUGUCGCGACAGAGCAGUGGACGACUACCACUUGUUCAUGUGUGACUCGUGUCCACGCACUAUGUGCUCCAACUGCUUGCAGAUCACGCCACGUCACCAGGACGUUAUUUCUGGAGUCGGCGUCACAUUCGUCUGCAUUUCCUGCCAUGUCCUAGCGCAACAUCAUGGCCGCGGCUCCCAGAAUCCUUACUUCGGAUUUUACCGCGACGGGAAGCCCGUUUUCGACACAUUCCUUCAGAUCCGCGGGGCGCUUGAGUUGUCCCACCAAGCACAGGUUUUGUCUGAAACCGUGCUAUUCAUCCAUCUUAACCUCAUCGACAAUGACACGAUGGGCGGCCCUUUCAAACUCUCGCACAAUUUUCUCCUGCCUUACUUUCCUGACGGCGGAAUCGUUUUUCGUGAGGUCAUCUUUGACGUCGGCUCUGAUUCGAAGAUCGUCAAGUUUCAUUCUAUGGUCAACAAACUCGUCCUCAAACUCUUGGCUUUCCCUGGCGGUUGGAAAUGCAUUAUCUUUGGGGUCUCCGACCAUACCGACAAUGACUUCGGCGACCCCUUUGUAGGCUACAAGGGCAAGAAGAAAACUUAUAUUUCGACUCCAGUCAAUACUUUUUUGGACAUUGUGCUUGGUCCUUUCAAGGAUCUCAUCAACCUUGCUGUUGAAUCGUACCUAUGGUUGUUCUGUUGCGGCGCUAUUGUCAACAACUCCGAGAGCUUCGAAAACUUGAAGACCUCAGUACUCCAACAUCAACUUUCCGCUUCUGUAGCCUUCAAUGCAGUACAUUUCCAGCCAAGCUUUGCCACACAUCUUCUUCUCGCAUUCAUCGAGCGUGUCGUCAUCGAGCGAUUCUCUAUCAGCCACGCAUUCCCUCUUAUGCUGAGUCACUCUCUCAACUUGGGUCGGCACUCCGACAUUUUUUUGUUUGUGAAGAAUUCCGACUCAUUGAACGUCAUCAAAUUUGCAUGGACUCAUGCUGUGUUUCGCCCUUGGGGGCAGUACCUCCCUGUCCAAUGCCCAAAGUAUUGGACCAGUAGCUUCAGAGCUAUCCUAGUCAGUUAUCAAUCCAAGUUCUUGGCUGCCAAUUCAAAGUCAGAGCGGUCUCGUGUGAUCAAGAAAAUUCGAAAGGCCAUAGUUGUAGCUCACAAGGAACAAGGCGAACAAGUGCCUUUGCCAAGUUCUUUGAAGAAGGCAAUCAAAAAAUACUACGGACGCAAAAAUGACGAAGAAGAAUCUGAUGAGGAAGGAGCUGCAAAGGCAAGGGAGAUUAGUGCCCAUCCAAAGGAAGCAUCUUUCUAUAAGAAAAUGCUGACCGACUGGGAAGUGGCUCAGAGAUUGUUUAAACAAGAAAUGGAUGAAUUUGACAAGGCAGAGCAGGCGAGAAAAGGUGUGAAGGAUCCCAUCAAGUUUCGUACUCGUCAUGCGCGAGAAUGGUUCAACAAAAUGUCAUUGACACAGAAGAAAGAAGUUGAUUAUGCACAAGAGAAGUGGAACACAGAGGGGGCACCAGAAGAAAGCCAGGUUAUGUAUCGUAAGAAUAAUCUCAAGAAAGUCCUUGAAGAUUUUUCUGAACAACUCCGUCGAACUAUGGGUUGCCACAUCGUGAUGCUUACAUUGAACAUCAUCUUACAUGAAUCUCAGCCUAGGAAUGUCAAAAAAAGUUUCUCCGUCAGCUCAGACGGUAUAAAAGAGUGGACUUCAACUGGGUUCGAGUUCUUUGCUGAGUGGGCGAAGGGCGAAUUUUACCCAACAGCUGAUCAAGACGACAAGGAAGAGGAGGAACAUGGACUACCUGAACUCAUUUUGGACGAUGAAGGCUAUGCCCAACUUCCUUCUCGUGAUGGUAUCAGACUUAAGGGUCAACAAGAGCUUAAGUUUUCACUGGCACUAUAUUUGGCGGCUAGUUCUGUUCCAGAUAAUCUUCUCAUCUGUGACCCCUCUCACAUGAGAUCGAAGGAUAUCAAUGUCAUCUGGAAGUAUUGGGAGAGUUGGAGCGUGGCAAAAAAGAGGCUUGUCUCUUUUAUCAAGGCAAGACCAAUGGACAUGAGACAUAGUAAAAGGGACAAAGCAAGUUCCAGGAAGAUGAAACCAUAUGACGAAGUUACCUCUGAAGAAGAACAGCAUAGUCUGGCUGGACUGGGUGCUACUUUAGCUGUAGUAUCGCCAGCUGAGGUUCCACUUGACCGCCGCUUUGAAUUUUUAGAUGGGCUCAGCACUGAUAGCUCUUACCUGAAGCUCGUAGAUGCAGUCAAGGAUCUGGCUAAAAUGACGGAAAAUAUUUCAACACCAAACGAGGAGCUUGAGUUACCUUCAUGGGUUGAUUGGUGUUGCGGAGAGUCUUACCUUCCAGAGUAUUUGCAUGGGUCACAGGACAUGGUGAUGGCCAGCUUGGAGGUAUUGACACAGGCCCCAAUCAGGUCUUCGUCCUCAGGUGCCCUAGUGGUUUUGGGCCUGGGUUUGAUUUUGAGAGACUGUAAACGAGUCAUCGAGUAUGAAGAAGACAAGGCCCCACCUGGUACCCCCAUCUACUUGGCCAGUUCAAUCAUGGACCUCCAAUGUAUGAUUAAGGUGGACAACACAAUCCGUCAUACCUUAUGCGCCAUUGUAGGCCUCAUUGAGUUGGCGAUGAAGGCUACAUCAGGUGACUUUGAUGAGGGUGAUCAGGAGGAGAUGAAGGGAGUUGAUGGUGAGAACGUGGACAAGGAUGAGGACAAGGAAGAGGACAAGGACGAGGAUGAGGAUAAGGACAAGGAUGAGGAUGAGGAAGAGGAUAAGGACAAGGAUGAUGAAGAGGAAGAGGAUGAGGAAGAGGAUGAGGACAUGGAAGAGGACAAGGACCAGGACGAGGAAGAUGAGCAGGAGGAGGUGACAGGAGAUUUGGAUGUGCAGAUGCAGGAGGUGGAGAAGGACAACGAGCAGGAACAGGAGGCAGGCAAAUCCAAAGGGAAGAAAAGGGUGAGAAACCAGACUUCCUCAGUGAAGACUAAGAAGGCCAGGAUUGAAGAUGAACCUAUUCGUCGGUCAACCAGAUCUAGGCAACCAUCUAGGAAGAAUAUUCUUUAG